GCUCCCAUCCAGUGGCUUUCCUGUUAGCUGGCAUCCUCUGGAGCCUGCCAGCACACAUGCAAUGGCGCGAUGGCGCAAGACUGACAAGGAAAAGAGCGGUGUGGCCCUAUACAAUUUUAAAGGUACAGGAGUACCGCAGUUAACCCUCCAGAUUGGUGAUGUGGUCCAUAUACUGGAGUCCUGUGAUGAUUGGUACAAGGGGUAUCUAGUGAGACAUAAAAGCUCAGAGGGAAUAUUUCCUAAAUCCUUUAUCCACAUCAAAGAAGUUACAGCAGAAAAGAAAAGAAAUCAAGAGAAUAUAAUACCUGCUGAAAUUCCAUUGGUGCAAGAAGUUACCACUACACUCUGGGAAUGGGGUAGCAUCUGGAAACAACUCUAUGUGGCAAACAAAAAAGAGCAGUUCCAGCAGGUGCAAUCUAUGAUGUACGACUUAAUGGAGUGGAGAUCACAGCUUCUCUCAGGGACACUGCCUAAAGAUGAGCUCAAAGAGCUCAAACAAAAAGUCACUUCCAAAAUUGACUAUGGCAAUAGGAUACUUGAGCUAGAUUUAAUAGUUAGAGAUGAAGACGGAAAUAUCUUGGAUCCAGAUAAAGCCAAUGUCAUUAGUUUAUUUCAUGCACAUGAAGAAGCAACUAAUAAAAUCACAGAGCGAAUUAAAGAAGAAAUGUCAAAGGAUCAAUCAGACUACGGAGCAUACUCUCGAAGGUCCUCAUCCCCUACCCAUAGCCUUUAUGUUUUUGUAAGAAACUUCGUAUGCCGCAUAGGAGAGGAUGCAGAACUCUUCAUGUCACUAUAUGAUCCACAGAAGCAAACCAUUAUAAGUGAAAACUACCUAGUAAGAUGGGGAAGUAGAGGUUUUCCAAAGGAAAUUGAUAUGCUCAACAACCUGAAAGUGGUGUUCACUGAUCUUGGAAACAAAGAUCUUAGAGACAAAGUUUAUUUGGUUUGUCAAAUAGUUCGGGUUGGAAGAAUGGAACUUAAAGAUACAAAUAUUAAGAAAUGUACUCAAGGAUUGCGGCGGCCAUUUGGAGUGGCAGUUAUGGAUAUUACAGAUAUUGUAAAAGGAAAAUCAGAAAGUGAUGAAGAGAAGCAGCAUUUCAUUCCCUUUCAUCCGGUGGUGGCGGAGAGUGACUUUUUACAUACUCUCCUAACCAAGGCAACAGCAUCAAAAGGAGACAGUGGUGGGCAAGGUCUGUGGGUAACUGUGAAAAUGCUUGUUGGAGAUAUGAGUCAGAUUAGGAAAGACUACCCUCAUCUUGUUGACAGGACUACAGUUGUUGCUAGGAAGCUGGGAUUUCCUGAAAUAAUAAUGCCAGGGGAUAUAAGAAAUGACAUUUACAUUACAUUGUUAUAUGGAGAUUUUGAUAAGUACAAUAAAACAACACAGAGAAAUGUGGAAGUGAUCAUGUGUGUCUGUGAUGAAGAAGGAAAAGUGAUGCCAAAUGCAAUUUGUUUGGGAGCAGGGGACAAAGCUGUGAGUGAAUACAGAUCAGUUCUCUACUAUCAGGUCAAACAGCCACGCUGGAUGGAAACACUAAAGGUGGCAAUUCCCAUUGAAGAUAUGCAAAGAGUACAUCUGCGCUUCAUGUUCAGACACAGGUCAUCUCAAGAGUCUAAAGAUAAAGGUGAAAAGAAUUUUGCAAUGGCCUAUGUCAAGCUAAUGAAGGAAGAUGGUACAACUCUGCAAGAUGGCUCCCAUGAUUUGGUAGUCCUGAAGGGUGAUAGUAAGAAAAUGGAAGAUGCCAGUACUUAUUUGAGUUUACCUUCAACUCGUCAACAAAUCGAGAAUAAAGGAACUACCUUAAGCCGGAGUUCUAGCAUUGUAGGAGGGCUCUCGGUAAACACACGAGAUACCUUUUUGAUUUCAACACUUGUUUGUUCAACAAAAGUAACUCAAAAUGUGGGUUUACUGGGUCUUUUGAAGUGGCGCAUGAAACCAGAGCACUUAGAGGACAACUUAGAAAAACUGAAGAUUGUGGAUGGAGAGGAAGUUGUGAAGUUUCUACAAGAUACUUUGGAUGCCCUGUUUAACAUCAUGAUGGAGCAUUCCAACAGUGAUGAGUAUGACAUUCUUGUCUUCGAUGCAUUGAUCUAUAUAAUAGGACUUAUUGCUGACCGGAAAUUUCAACAUUUUAAUACUGUUUUGGAAGCUUAUAUCCAGCAGCAUUUUAGUGCCACUUUGGCUUACAAAAAACUAAUGACUGUUCUGAAGACUUACUUGGAUACGUCCAGCAGAGGGGAACAAUGUGAGCCUAUACUAAGAACUUUGAAAGCAUUAGAAUAUGUGUUCAAGUUCAUUGUUCGGUCCAGGACAUUAUUUUCACAGUUAUAUGAAGGCAAAGAACAGACAGAAUUUGAGGAAUCUAUGAGAAGACUCUUUGAAUCUAUCAACAACCUCAUGAAAAGCCAACAUAAAAUUACCAUUUUGUUGCAGGUUGCUGCCUUGAAAUACAUACCUUCAGUCCUCCAUGAUGUUGAAACGGUCUUCGAUGCCAAGUUGCUUAGCCAACUACUGUAUGAAUUUUAUACUUGCAUUCCACCAGUAAAACUACAGAAGCAGAAAGUUCAGUCCAUGAAUGAAAUAGUACGCAGUAACCUCUUCAAAAAACAAGAAUGCAGAGACAUUUUGCUUCCAGUGAUUACAAAAGAACUGAAGGAAUUACUAGAACAAAAGGAAGAGCAACAGGCUCAUGUCCAUGAGAAGAAGAAGUACUGUGUUGAAUUACUCAACAGCAUCCUAGAGGUUCUUAGCUGUCAAAACCCAGAGUCCACUUACCAUCACAUUCAAGAAAUAAUGCAGCAGCUGUUACGCUCCGUGAACAAGACUGUUAUUACAAUGGGACGAGACGACCCUUUAAUUAGUCAUUUUGUGGCAUGUAUGACAGCAAUCUUAAGCCAAAUGGACAACCAGCAUUACUCCUUUUACAUUGAAACCUUUCAGACAAGUUCAGAACUGGUGGACUUUUUGAUGGAAACAUUUAUAAUGUUUAAAGAUCUCAUAGGAAAGAAUGUUUACCCUUCAGACUGGAUGGCAAUGAGCAUGGUGCAGAACAGAGUGUUUUUGAGAGCAAUCAAUAAAUUUGCUGAAACUAUGAAUCAGAAAUUUCUGGAGAACAUGAAUUUUGAAGAACAGCUAUGGAACAACUAUUUUCAUCUGGCAGUGGCUUUUAUUACCCAGGACUCUCUACAAUUAGAAAACUUUUCUCAUGCAAAGUACAAUAAGAUCCUGAAUAAAUAUGGGGAUAUGAGACGUUUAAUUGGUUUUGCUAUCCGUGACACAUGGUACCAGCUAGGUCAAAAUAAAAUCUGUUUUAUUCCGGGGAUGGUUGGACCAAUCUUGGAGAUGACUCUUAUUCCAGAAGUUGAGCUACGAAAAGCCACAAUCCCAAUAUUCUUUGAUAUGAUGCUGUGUGAACAUGAAAAGACAGGAGAAUUCAGAAAGUUUGAAAAUGAAAUCAUUUUAAAAUUGGACCAUGAGGUGGAAGGAGGCCGUGGAGAUGAGCAGUACAUGCAGUUGUUUGAAUCAAUACUCAUGGAAUACACUUCACAGUAUCCUGAUAUUUCUAAGUCAGUUGAAAACUUUGUAAGCCUAGUGAAAGGCCUUUUGGAAAAGCUUCUGGAUUACCGAGCAGUCAUGAAUGAUGAGAGCAAGGAUAACCGCAUGAGCUGCACUGUGAACUUGUUGAAUUUCUACAAAGACAUUAAUCGUGAAGGAAUGUACAUAAGAUAUUUGUAUAAACUGCGAGAUCUUCAUUUAGAUUGUGAGAAUUACACAGAAGCUGCAUAUACCCUUCUGCUCCAUACCUGGCUCUUGAAGUGGUCUGAUGAACAAUGCUCACCUCAAGUCAUGUCAACAGAAUUCCAGUGUUCACAAACCCAUCGACAGUUGAAAGAGAAUCUGUAUGAAAAAAUUAUAGAAUACUUUGACAAGGGAAAGAUGUGGGAAGAAGCAAUAUCUUUAUGCAAAGAACUUGCAGAGCAAUAUGAGAUGGAAGUUUUUGACUAUGAACUUUUAAGCCAGAAUCUGAUUCAGCAAGCUAAAUUUUAUGAAAGCAUUAUGAAAAUACUGAGGCCUAAACCAGACUACUUUGCUGUUGGAUACUAUGGUCAAGGAUUCCCUACAUUUCUCAGGAACAAAGUCUUCAUUUAUCGGGGUAAGGAGUAUGAGCGGAGAGAGGAUUUCCAAGCACAGCUGAUGAGCCAGUUCCCAAAUGCGGAGAAAAUGAACACCACCUCGGCCCCUGGAGAUGAUGUGAAAAACUCUCCUGGGCAAUAUAUUCAGUGUUUUACAGUGCAACCUGUUCUGGAGGAGCAUCCCAGAUUCAAAAAUAAACCAGUACCUGAUCAAAUUAUAAACUUCUAUAAGUCCAACUAUGUGCAACGAUUUCACUAUUCAAGACCAGUCAGAAAAGGAUCUGUUGACCCAGAAAAUGAAUUUGCUUCUAUGUGGAUUGAAAGAACAUCAUUUGUUACAGCCUACAAACUUCCUGGAAUUCUGCGUUGGUUUGAGGUUGUCUCAAUGUCACAGACUACCAUUAGUCCUCUAGAGAAUGCUAUUGAGACAAUGUCCAUGACAAAUGAGAAGAUUCUGAUGUUGAUUAACCAGUACCAGAGUGAUGAAAACCUUCCCAUUAACCCUCUCUCCAUGCUUCUGAAUGGAAUUGUUGACCCAGCAGUCAUGGGUGGCUUUGCAAAAUAUGAGAAGGCUUUCUUCACAGAUGAGUACACCAAAAACCACCCAGAGGAUCAAGAAAAGCUGAACAAACUGAAAGACCUGAUUGCUUGGCAGCUACCUUUCCUUGGGGCAGGAAUUAAGAUUCAUGAAAGAAGGGUUUCUGAAAACCUUCGUCCUUUCCAUGAGCGUAUGGAGGAGUGUUUCAAGCACUUAAAGGUUAAAGUAGAAAAACAGUAUGGAGUCAGAGAAUUGCCAGAUUUUGAUGACAAGAGAGUAGGACGGCCAAGAUCCAUGCUGAGAUCCUAUCGUCAGAUGUCUGUUAUUUCACUAGCUUCUAUGAAUUCAGACUGCAGCACUCCAAACAAAAUUGUCUCAGAAAGUUUUGAACUGGAAGUAGCACCACAAAAGCCAACCAAAUCAGAAGAGAAUGUACUGCAGACAACCACUCAGCCUGAGGUGAAGAUGAGAAGGUCCAAGAAGAGAACAAAAAGAAGCAGUGUGGUAUUUGCAGAUGAAAAACCAGCACCUGAUCUUUGCCUUUCUGAUAUGAAAUGUCUGUCAAGGAAAUACGAGUUCAUGAGUGACACCAACCUCUCAGAACAUGCAGUAGCACCUCAGAAAACAUCUGUUCUCAAGCAAAUGAGCUUUGUCAGUCGAUCUAUGCCAACUAUACCAGGGUUGACUCUCUCAGUUGUGUGUACCCCACCAGCUGAUGAAACAAUUGGAUCACAUAGAUUGAGCCAGCAAAUUCUUCCCGCUACCUUAGAGGGAGACAAGAAAACCUUGAAAAAGAAGAAAAAGAACCAGUUCUUUAAAACAAUGCGCAUUUCCAAACUGCCUGAGGAUGGGAAACACUCUGGAGAGCGUAACUUUGAACCCUUAUCCAAAGAUCUGUGAAUUCCAUUGCUUACAAGACAAAUCAUUUCCCAGCUGCCCUCCUCCAAACCCCACCCCCACACACCAAAAGUAUGCGACUAUUCUAGUGCAGGUCAAUUGUAGAGACAUCAUUGACAUAACUUAUGGAUGAUAGAUAAUGCAUACAAGUAGCAUUCAUGUCUGUGAUUCUGUUAUAAGCAUUUCAAACUAAUAUGGAUGUAUUAGGAGAAACUGAAAGUAUAUAGUGAUUAUAAAUGGUGUGCUAACAGGGAUGUGGGGCAAAAAUACAGUGAUCCUGUUAAUGCAGGAGAAGUAAAAGUCAUGGUAUGCUUAUUUUUUAUGUAAUUCAUUCCAAUGAAAAAGGAUGUCACUAGGUCAUCUGCACUGGUGACUAUUCUUUUGACAGUUUAAUGGAAGGUUUCAAAAAUUCGUCCUACUCCUGUUCCCAUUAAAGCACAUGGAAAUGGUAUCACUAUUACUUAUAUCAUUGCACUCCAGAAGUAUGACUGCAGACCAACAUGAGCUUACUUUAAACUACUGACAACAGUGGAGCUAUAGCACUGUGGAACUCCGCGUGGGUUAGUCACUUAUGUACUUCCAAGAAGGUUUUGAAGCCUUUACUGAUCCUCAUUUUGCUACUACAGUUUUAUAUACCCAAGCUAACAUGGAAGCAGAAUCAGCCCUUUACUGUAACACCAUAUGCCUGAUUUUCUUCUCAAAACAGCAGUAGCUGCUUUGUAUUGAAAACCUUUGCCAACAUGUAUAUACAAGAGCUGAUACCACAUCUGAUUGUAUGGUAUAAGUAAAGCUGUUUUCUCUGCAG